GCUUAUUUCAUAAAGCAAUAGCACAAAGUGGAGUUGCAAGGAAUCCUUGGGCUUUUACCGAAAGACAACAUUCGAUGAACAGAGCUUUUCGGCUCGCCGAAAUACUCGGAAAAGCAACCGCGGAUCCAAAAGUCGUUUACAAGUUUCUUAAAACCAUCGAUGCCAAAAAGCUUAUAGAGACGGAACAAAAAUCUCUCUUGACAGAAACAGAGCGUCAACAGUUUGUCAUGACAUUUACGCCUACUGUAGAUCACGAAUCAUCAAAUCCAUUUUUCCCGGAAGAUCCAAAAACGUUCUUGAGUCGCGAGGCUAAAGUACCAUUACUUUUGGGUUUUACCAGUUGCGAGGGAUCUCUCAUUAUAUGCGGUAAAGCUUUCGGACGUAAGUUUUGUUUCUAUCUUUAUUAAAUAUUUAACAUUAUU